UCUAUCCCUUUUGGAUCGCCACACAAUUCCACGAUCACAGAGAGAGGGGGGCCCCAAAAAGAAUCAAUAUUACGUUACGUUUCUUCCCAUUCCAUAUCAUUCUUUCCGCCCCGUGUCGCUUCCGUUUGCCGACCUUGUCUUCUGGGGUUCAGCGAAGCGUUGCGAGUUCCGGCCAGGAGGACCGGAACGCGUGGAAAAGAUGGCGAUCAGUCUCUUCGAUGGGAGUGCCAACUUGCAAUGCGGAUGGAACUUGCAUAUCAAGAAACAGCAUCAACAUGCUGCCGGACUUUCUAGUUUAGUUUUCAAGACCGGUUUCUUAACCGAUGUUACCAGGUUAUGUGCAAUUUCCAGUGCUGCACAUGGUGCAGUAUUUCGUUCUGUCCGUGCGCCGGUGCCAAAGAGCAUCUCUGCCGCUAGGAGUGCUAGAAUUUUGUGCUUGCAAGACGACAAUAGCAAUACAAAGUAUUUUGAUUUUGUAGUCGUUGGCAGUGGUGUCGCUGGGCUAAGGUAUGCUCUAGAGGUUUCAAAACAUGGAUCUGUUGCCGUAAUUACUAAGGCAGAGCCCCAUGAGAGCAACACAAAUUAUGCUCAGGGUGGAGUAAGUGCUGUUUUGUGCCCUUCAGAUUCGGUAGAGAGUCACAUGCAAGACACUAUUGUUGCAGGGGCUUAUCUCUGUGAUGAAGAAACAGUCAGGGUAGUGUGCACAGAGGGCCCAGAUCGAGUUAAAGAAUUAAUUGCUAUUGGUGCAUCAUUUGAUCAUGGACAUGAUGGAAAAUUGCAUCUAGCCAGGGAAGGAGGGCAUUCUCAUAACAGAAUUGUUCAUGCUGCUGAUAUGACUGGACGAGAGAUUGAACGGGCAUUGCUGAAGGCUGUUGAUGAUGAGCUGAACAUACAUUUGUUUGGCCACCAUUUCGCUAUAGAUCUACUGACUUCUCAGGGUAAUGAUGAGAUAUAUUGUCACGGUGUGGAUACACUGAAUACAGAAACUCAACAGGUUGUCCGUUUUAUCGCAAAAGUAACAUUGCUAGCAUCGGGUGGAGCUGGACAUAUAUACCCGACAACAACCAAUCCACUAGUAGCUACAGGAGAUGGAGUUGCAAUGGCCCGCCGUGCUCAGGCUGUUAUUUCAAACAUGGAAUUUGUGCAGUUCCACCCCACAGCCUUAGCUGAUGAAGGCCUCCCAAUUAAGCCAACUAACAGACGAGAUAAUGCUUUUCUGAUCACAGAAGCAGUCAGAGGAGAUGGUGGCAUCCUCUAUAAUCAGUCAAUGCAGAGAUUUAUGCCAUUGUACGAUGAACGAGCAGAGCUAGCUCCAAGGGAUGUAGUUGCAAGAAGCAUAGAUGAUCAACUGAAAAAACGAGGAGAGAAGUAUGUUCUACUGGACAUAAGCCAUAAGCCAAGAGAACAAAUACUUGCACACUUCCCCAAUAUCGCAGCAGAGUGUCUCAGAUAUGGACUGGACAUAACAAGCUCACCCAUACCGGUUGUUCCAGCUGCUCAUUACAUGUGUGGUGGUAUCCGUGCAGGACUACAAGGGGAGACAAAUGUGAAAGGAUUAUAUGUGGCCGGUGAGGUUGCAUGCACGGGUUUGCACGGGGCUAAUCGCCUUGCAAGCAACUCGUUGCUUGAAGCACUGGUGUUUGCUCGACGUGCAGUGCAACCGUCGAUAGACCACAUGACCAGAUCAAGCCUUGGCAUUCAUGCUUCAACCAUGUGGACUCGUCCGGUGCUUCCCACAUCCCUUGAAAGCCACACAAUGCAGGAGAUUUUGUUCAGGACAAAAACAACAAGGGUCGAGCUACAAUCUAUAAUGUGGGAGUAUGUAGGUAUAGUACGUUCUACAAGCCGAUUGAAGACUGCAGAGUGGAAGAUUGGAGAGUUGGAGGCAGAAUGGGAGGAGUUUUUGUUCCGGAGAGAGUGGAAACCGAUGAUGGUUGGCCUGCAAGCAUGUGAGAUGAAGAAUCUUUUCUGUUGUGCUAAGCUUGUCGUGAGCAGCGCUCUUGCAAGGCAAGAAAGCCGUGGACUACAUUACAUAGAGGACUUCCCUUUCUUGGAGGAGAGUAAGAGGAAGCCAACAAUAAUAUUUCCGACUUCAUUGAAGUUGACGUGGAGCUCACAACAGGCACAUAAACUAGCAGCAGGUGCACCACGAUGAUAAAAUCUCAAUCCCGUCUUUGGCAUGCUAAUGCAAGUAUCGUACGAGAGCUAAGUCGAUUGAAAUUCAUUUAAAACCAAAGGUUGAUAGGUUUAAGUCUAUAUCUUCAAUCUCAAGCCUAAAAUGUCUCUGGCACAUGAAAGUUUGAUACUGGGAAAUACUCCUGUAACAUUGUGCAUUCCUUUUAAUACAGAAUUGAAAGUAACUUCAGUUUCUAGU